CAUGGGGAAAAGGACGAGAUAUCUUACUAUAGCUAUAGCUCCUUACUAGCACCCCUUUGUAGAGUUAGAAAUACAAUGGGCGGGGCACCCAGUGCUGGUCCUCUCAAGACGGCGAUAUGCAUCCCGGUGAUCACCAAGGAGAAUUACCCUCUCUACAUCCGCAGCACCCCCAUGGAGAGCGAGCUGAGGUUCCAGUACAUGGUGUACACAUCUCUGGACAUGGUGGAUGAGAAGAUCUCUUCAAUGGGGAAGGCCCUGGUCAACCAGAGGGAGCUCUAUCUGGGCCCGCUCUACCCCACAGAGGACUACAAGGUCUUGCCUCAUAACUACACUACCAUCUCCAAGGUGAAGUUUGUCAUGGUGGUGAAUCCCUCCAACACAGCUCUUCGAGACAAUGAAAUCCACAGGAUGUUCUGGAAGCUGCACAACUCCUACAUAGAUGUGAUGUGCAACCCCUUCUGUAACCCGAGGACAAUAUCCAGGCCAGGGACUGAUAACAUGGUGAUGUCUAUGAUGAUACAGGUCUGCUGA